AAUUUUGACAGGAGAGCUGAAGAAAGUAGCGCUUUGGAUCUCAAUAACUUACCUGAUGAUCCAUCUAGAGACUUUUUCCCAUUCUUCGAAGAAGGCUCUUCUUCCUCUCCUUCUGGAGGGUUUAGAGAGAAGCAAAGCAAAGAUGAAAAAGAGUACGAAUGUAGAUUUUGUUCACUCAAGUUUUUCAAAUCUCAAGCUCUCGGUGGCCACAUGAACCGCCACCGCCAAGAGAGGGAGACGGAGUCACUUAACAAAGCUCGUGAAAUUGUUCUUCGCAACGAUACAUUUCCUCCUCAUCAAGGACCUCCGUCAUUUAGUUAUCAUCAAGGAGAUGUGCAUAUUGGAGACCUAAUAACACCAUUCAAACCAAUGAUGUAUCCACCAAAAUUAUUCUCCCCCUCCUCUCUUCUUCCCCCGCCACCACCACCACCUGUGCAACCUUAUAUGUAUCCACCUCCUCCUCCUCUGCGGCCGUCAUCCUUUCCUCCCCGUCACACCAACGACUACAAUUUGUACAACAAUGGUACACAUCACCAAACCCUAACCAACAGCGGUUGCGGUGGCCGUGCACCGCCUGACUCGAGCUACUCUUUCAUUGGUGCACCCGUGGCUAAUGGCUCUAAAGUUGAUCCUCCUAUUUCGCACCCUCUACCUCCGCAUCAUGGGAUAUAACUAAGAAAAUGAAAAAAUAGUUAAAUUUUCUCCAUUGAAUGUUAGAUUUUUUUUUAUCUAUAUAGCUUUGUCGGAUUACUGAAAGAGACAUGACAAAGCAAUUGAUGAUGACAAAAAAGUGAACUCCUCCCUUCUCCAAAAGCAGACCAUUAUCGUUUUAUGUUAUUUUUCGGAACAUUAUAUACAUUUUUGAAACAUUAGUUUGUUUUUAUGUUUUGUUUGCUAGUCAAUUUUCGUCGUCACGUUAUACGUAGACAUAUGGUAUAAACAAUUUGAAUUUGAUAAAUUUGUUUCUUCUGCA